CAUGAUCCCAGGACUCGGUGUCUCCAGCACUGCGGAUCAGCGGCCACCCCUCCGCUCCGGAGCGCUUCGCAUAAAAUAGCCCGCAAUUAAAGAGCGGCGGCACUCGAACCCGAAGCGGGCUUUCGGGAGGACGGGCAGCCGUGAUCCGCAGCGCCCCCUCGGAAAACAUCUCGAGCAGAAAGGGUGUCUGACUCCACCACGCUGCCGGCGCUUCACCCCCAUGUGCAUGACACACGCAUGACACGACCACCACCAUGUACAGGCAUGCAGUAGCGCGCGCCGCGGGGGGCCUGGGGGCUCUCUGCGUGCUGCUCUUUGUCCAGCGCUGGACUCCCGCUGCAGCGAGCAAGUCCACUCAAGAUGUGGACGAGUGCACGGAAGCCCUGGACAACUGUAACAUUGACGCCAUCUGUCAGAACACACUCAAGUCUUACAAGUGCAUCUGCAAGUCUGGCUACACGGGGGACGGAAAACACUGUGAAGACAUCGACGAGUGUGAGACCGAGUACAACGGUGGAUGCGUACACGAGUGUAUCAACAUCCCGGGUAACUACCGCUGCACCUGCUACGACGGCUUCCGCCUGGCGCACGAUGGACACAACUGUCUAGACGUGGACGAGUGCGCGGAGGGGAACGGCGGCUGCCAGCAGAUCUGCGUCAACAUGAUGGGCAGCUACGAGUGCCGCUGCCGAGAGGGCUUCUUCUUGAGUGACAACCAGCACACCUGCAUCCAGAGGCCCAAAGAAGGACUCAAGUGUAUGGAUAAGAACCAUGGCUGCGCACACAUCUGCAGGGAGACGCCCAAGGGGAACGUAGCCUGCGAGUGCCGGCCUGGGUUCCAGCUCACCAAGAACCAGAAGGACUGCAAGUUGACGUGUAACUAUGGCAACGGGGGCUGUCAACACACCUGCGAGGACACGGACCAGGGGCCCAAAUGUGGUUGCCACAUGAAGUUCGCUCUGCACUCUGAUGGCAAGACCUGUGUGGGGGAUCGGAGUGCCCAGCAGCAAGCAGCACCACAACUGUUACCCAAUGAAACCUGCGCGGUCAACAAUGGGGGCUGUGACAGCACCUGUCAUGAUGCUACAACGGGGGUGCGCUGCAGCUGUCCUGUAGGCUUCACCCUGCAGCCCGACCGCAAGACCUGCAAAGACAUCGACGAGUGCCGGCUGAACAAUGGCGGCUGUGACCACGUGUGCCGCAACACAGUGGGCAGCUUCGAGUGCAGCUGCAAGAAGGGCUACAAACUGCUGACCAACGAGAGGAGCUGCCAAGAUAUCGAUGAAUGCUCCUUUGAUCGCGCCUGUGACCACUCUUGUGUCAACUCCCCCGGCAGCUACCAAUGCUUCUGCCAUAAGGGCUAUGUCCUCUAUGGCCUGGCCCACUGUGGAGAUAUUGAUGAAUGCAGCAUUAAUCGUGGGGGAUGCAAGUUUGGCUGCGUCAACACACCGGGUAGCUACGAGUGUACCUGUCCGCUUGGGUACAAACUCCACUGGAACAAGAAGGACUGCAUCGAGCAGGUGAAGUGCGUGUCCAGCCUGGUCUCUCCCAAGGCCACUCUCACAUGCAGUAAAGCUGGAAAGAAAGAGAGCUGCGCCCUCACCUGUGCUUCCAAAGCGCACUACCUGGCAGAAUCCGAUAACAGCUACACCGUGAGCUGUGGCAGUCCGGUCCUGCGUGGCAAGACGCCGGCCCGACUCAACACGAGCAGCAGCCAGAGCUGCAUAGAGCCGCUGGCUGCUCCAGUAAAGCAAACGGCUUCUUUCAAGAUCAAAGAUGCCAAAUGCCACCUGCACCCGAAGCUGCGGGGUCGGGCAGAAGAGGGAGGCCGCGUGCUGGGGCCAGUAGGAGGUGGGCAGCCCUGCACUAACUGCCUGGUCACCUUCGUUAACCUCAAGUGUGACUCCUCUAAGAAGGCCAAAGGGAGGCGCGCACGCAACCCCACAAGCAAGGAGGUGACCCGCAUCACGCUGGAGCUAGAGGCUGAGGUCAAGCCUGGGGACACCACAGGAAGCUGCAACCUCAGCUGCUUGCGACAGCGCAUGGAGAAGCAGGUGAAGGCCUACAUCAAAGCCCUGAAGAAGUCCAUCAACCAGGAGCGUUUCCUGCUCCGCGUGGCCGGCCUGGAGUACGAGGUGGCGCAGAAGCUGCCGCAGCUCGCCGAGCGCCAGGAGAACUGCGGGCCCGGCCGGGAGAAGGAGAGCGGCCGCUGUGUCAGAUGCCCGUCUGGAUCCUACUACCAUGGUGAGCAGGAGCGCUGCGUCCAGUGCCCCCCGGGCACUUUCCAGGAGAAGGAGGGUCAGCUGGCCUGCGACCUGUGUCCCGGAAGCGACGGGCACGGCCCUGCCGGGGCCCGUAACAUCAGCUCCUGCUCGGGUCAGUGUCCGACGGGUUACUACUCCGGCGACGGGUUCAAACCCUGCCAGCCGUGCCCGCAGGGUACCUACCAGCCAGACCCUGGGCGGACCCUCUGCUUCCCCUGCGGCGGGGGGCUGAGCACCAAACGAGAGGGGGCCAGCUCCUUCCAUGACUGCGAAGCCAAAGUCCAGUGCUCUCCCGGUCAUUACUACAAUACCACAGUGCACCGGUGCAUCCGCUGCCCCCUGGGCACCUACCAGACCGAGUUCCGCCAGAACUACUGCAUCUCUUGCCCCGGCAACACCACCACGGACUUCGACGGGGCCACCAGUGUCUCCCAGUGCAAGAAUCGAGACUGCGGGGGGGAGAUGGGUGAGUACACAGGCUACAUUGAGUCACCCAACUACCCAGGCAACUACCCUGCUAACGUGGAGUGCACCUGGAACAUCAACCCCCCGCCCAAGCGCAAGAUCCUCAUCGUAGUGCCCGAGAUCUUCCUGCCCUCCGAGGACGAGUGCGGGGACGUGCUGGUCAUGAGAAAGAAUUGGUCAGCUACAUCUAUCACCACGUAUGAGACGUGCCAGACGUACGAGCGGCCCAUCGCCUUCACCGCACGCUCCCGCCGCCUCUGGAUCAACUUCAAGUCCAAUGAAGCCAACAGUGCCCGUGGCUUCCAGAUCCCCUACGUCACCUAUGAUGAGGACUACGAACAGCUGGUGGAGGACAUCGUGAGAGACGGAAGGCUCUACGCCUCAGAAAAUCACCAAGAGAUCCUCAAGGACAAAAAGCUGAUAAAGACUCUGUUUGACGUGCUGGCUCACCCGCACAACUACUUCAAGUACACCACCCGGGAGUCCAACGAGAUGCUUCCCCGCUCCUUCAUCCGACUGAUCAGCAGCAAAGUGUCUGCUUUCCUGCGGCCAUACAAGUAGUCCCCUUGGCCCCACCCCCUUGUCCAUAAAGCUCCGCCCCCUCGACAGAAGGCUCCUGACACCAAGACAACAAAGGAACUUCAUUCUCUUUCCAGAUGGCUUUGAGAACAUACUUCACUAUGCAGACUUUCCUUUAUUUUUUGCUUUUCUUCUCCUUAUCAUUUUCACUCCGAACAGUAACUAUCAACAAAGCUCCAGGCAUCGAAUCAUGACUUGGACACUUGGACAUAAUGGACUUUUUGUCUCCUUCAUGAAUAUUUAUCGUCACUUCAUGUUUUUGUUCUAGCGUCUGGCGGUCUUUUGUUGCGUUUGUCAUUUUCACUCCCGAUAUGCAUAUCCAUGGGCGUUCUAUAUGUUCUUAUAAGGGCACUGCCAACCUGACAGUUUCCCCGAGGGAAUCGGAUAUUUUAAACAAAAGCCUUGUGCUGCCAGAACAAUUGAGAAACAAAGGAUGUCUUAGAGUAACAGCUCAAAGAAGGGUAAUGCAUUUAACAAAAUAUAAAUGAGCUGGAAAUUGGUUAGAACUGGAACUCACACACACCAUUAUGUAAAUCCGCAGACACCCCCACCCCCCCAUUGUGUUGUGCGCUCCUGGUCUUACCAUUUUCCACAUCUAGUGACCUUCGAUAAAUGUUACCUUUAUUAAUCUUCUUACUUCCAGUACUUAAAAAAGGUUCAUGUCAUCACAUUUCACAACGGUCAAAGCCUUAUUAUGCCUGAGCUCUUAGAGCAACUUCUUAUUAAGGUGUUGCUGUUAAAACAGUUAAUUUUUUGUAUUUGUUCUGUGUCUGUUCUGAUUGUAUUAUUGUCAGUUGCUUACUCUUAGACCAUUGUUUUGUACUCUUGCGUUCACGAACUUAUCUGAGACGUCGGUCUCUUUGUGAAUGAAACCCUGGGGAGAGGAAACGCAGAGAGAGAGUCUCCGGAUGGCGCUCUGACUGCUCGCCGGAACGUCUCUCUGGAACCAGUGUUCGCUGCUCACUUCAGAAGGUCACUUUAAGACUCAAACCCCCAACCCCACACCUUCCAGCUCCUGUGUAAUGCUGAGCUUCCCAAGAAGGAAACCGCAGCAGCCGGUUCGAAACAAAACGAAUCAAUGCUUAUCAGAAAAAGUGUGAUAAAAGCGAUAUACUUCGAAAAUGGAAAGGAAUCUUGGGCUUACACACUACAUACUGUACAUCUUGGGCUCCUCGCCGCCCAUUGCUGCAGUGAGAUAUCCUGUUUUUAAAGGAUAUGGUUAGCUCUCCAUAUGUUAUUUUCAAAGGAUAUAGUAAGCGAUGGACACCUAGAAGACAAGGGUUGAGUUCCAAGGGACCAAAUCCCUAGACUGUGACCCUAAAUAAAUUAUCGUGCGUUCCAGCCAACCCCAAAUCAAGACAGAGCUGUACCCCCAACCCUAACAGUCUUCUACAUUCUGUCCCAUUCAGACCAGCUCUUCCAAAGACUGCCCCAGGGGCAGGACACACUCCUCCCCUGUGCACUAGAUGUAGACGACCAUAGCCUCCUACCUUUGUCGUAUAAGUGCAAUGAAUUUAGUCUCCAGUCGUUGUUCUUGUCCGUGCAGAAAAACCAAGGACAAUAUUUAAACUUGCCAAAACUGUACAAUGGAAUGUCUUUAUUUAAUGUUUUCAGAGAAUAUAUUCUUAGGUUAAUUUUGAAAUGUAGUGACUGGCAUAUGGGUUGCAUUAUAGAAAAUGUGUCCACUAUACUUAAAAGAAAUUCCAGUAGAAAGAACCUCAGUGUAAAUGCAUUGUAAAUCAGUUGUUUAAAAUAAAUAUUGUCAUAUUCUCAGCUUCAUUCAUAAGUUUCGAGAAACUCC